UUUUCAAUUCAUUUCAGUUUUGGCCGUACCCGAGUGCGAGUGCAUCCGUGCGAUAUAUCUGCGCGCUCCGUUAGACUCAUUGAAUAGGCAUUUUUUGGUGCGGUGGUUUGACGGCCGCAAGAAGGGAGCAGGGAGGGAAUCAAUAUGUGAGAAGAAGAAGCUGCCGUUCGGUUCAGAGUACAGAGGAAGGUGCUUCCUCGCAGUGAGACGAAGAGGAGAAGAUUUAAUGAGUUUCCGUUAAUGUUAUUAGAAAUUUUAAGUGUUACGCAUCGCUACGGUUAAGUUUGUUCCCCGAUUGUGAGAGUAUUUUCUUUGCAAGCCAGACCUUACACAAGGCAGAACGGAAGUCGUGCCAAUUUGAAGGAAUUGUUCGAAGAGUGUUGAGUAAUCGAAACUUUGCAGGAGGUGUUGGCGACGCAGUUCAAGGUUUUUUUUUCCCAUGAAACCUUUUACUGAACGGGAGAGAGAGAGAGAGAGAGAGAGAGUGGUUUAUGAUAUGUACACUUGUCACAUCGGAGUGUGAGAAGAAAGAGUGAAGCAGGAAAAAGAAGGAAGCACGCAAACCAGGAGCUAUCGUGUCCAGUGAAAAUUAGAAGGCACACAAGCCAGACAAGCUCCAGCAGGAGGAAGAGGUGCCUUCGGCUCGGCCAUAUUUAGAUAAUUGAAAAGCAGAGCAGCGCUACCAGUCGAGAAAAACAAAAACGGAAAGAAGUACGCUGUCAAAGACCUAUUUUUCGAGCCAGAGUACGUGUUACAUUUUUUUCCUUCUGUUCCAUCGGUGGUGGCUAACAACAACGACGACGACGGCGACGCCAUAUAGGGAAUACUAGCCGUGGCGACUAAGCAAGCCGUGUCUGGGUGUUUUCAGUGUCUGUGAAUCGCCUACUUCGGUUUGUGUGGAGUGCGUUACAGUUUCUCGUUUCUAAUUGAUUGAAAUAGACAUUUGUUUUCGUUACACAUUGUUGUCUGUUGUACUUUCGUUCGUUUGUGACUCUGUGUGUGAAUGUUUGGUGAUUAAUAUUGUGACGCAGUUUGGAAAGUUUGCUUAAACGGAGUCUCCGCCAGACAGGAUUAUAUCGCGAUAAACGAUUUCCCCGUGGAUCCCCAGUAUGACAACGAAUGUCUCCAGAGCGGCAUCCUUCGCACGACGAUGGUGAUGGUGGCGGCGGUGGAGGCGGAAUAAGUACAAUUAUCGGUGGUCACGUUACAGUAGAAACUUCGUCACCCGUUUCGAGUCCUGGUCCGGGACAUUCAGUAGACGCAACCUCAGCGUCCAUCGGCUCCAGCAUGGUGCUCUCGUCGAUUCCCAUGGAAGCUAAUCAUCAGCUUAUCCUGCAGCAGCACCUGGCUCAACAGCACCAGCAGCAGCAGCAGCAGCAGCAUCACAUUAUUGCUACAACCGGCAACACCAAUCAGAACAGUAGUGCAAUCAGCAGCGCCACCAACGGUGGUGGCGCAGGCAGUAAUCAUAGCAUAAUAAUCAACAACAACACUAGCUUUAAGAAUCACAACAACAAUAUCAUAAUUAGUGGUAGUGGUGUCGGCGGUGGAAACAGUAACAAUCAUCAAACCUACACGAUUAACCUGAGUAGUGGCGGUGGUGGUGGUAGUCACAACGGUCACGCGAUGGUUCCAAUCCACAGCUAUGCCGCUACCACCACCUCCGUAAACAAUGGCAGCAUCAGCUCUAGUACUGCACUGAACGGCGGAGUAGGCGGCGGCGGUAAUCACAGCCAUCAUGGUCACCUAGGGCAGCAGCAAUUUUACGCUGCGCCAAACAGUGCUACAAUCAUGAAUUCGGGUAGCAUAGCAACGGCGGGCCAUAGCAACGCUGCGACAGCGUCAUCGACGGCGACGGUCGUGGCGCCACCCCCGUCCUUGUCCUCGUCGGCGUCGUCGGCGACGUCCAAAUUGGUGGUACUGCAGCAAGGACAUCUCGGCGAGAAUUAUAUAACCACCACGGACGGCAUGAACGGCGUCGGCAACAUUGUGCUGCUCGCCACGGAACAGAUGGAUAUGAGCAGUGCGGAGCACGACUUCCUCAACAACAACAACGUGGUCAUUACCACCAGCGGUGGCAGUCACAGUCACCACAGCACCGGCAGCCAUAAUAGUCACAACAAUAAUCAUCCCGCCCAUCAUCAUCUGCAGCACUCGAUCCGCAAUGGAACCGUGCUGGCAACCAAUGGUGCCGGGACCAGCAUCGUAGUCAACACCAACGAUGAGGAACUGACCCCGCUCACUUGGCUGCACGAUAAGAACCUGCUGAAAGGAAUAAAUCUGUCCAAGGUCCCAGUGUCAUCGCCGGACAGUCCUCGGCAAGCAGGCGGUCACCUAUCGCCAACCAGUGACUUUGUGGAGGAUUCCAGCGUGUCGGAGGACAACACGUCCUCCGCCAAUUCAUCCUCGGAUCAUAGCAUCGGUGUCUACUGUACGGAAACGAUCCAGUCCAAUGGGCGCCAUCUGACGGUCGGUGGUCCAACUCAUCACACGUUCCAGCUUAGCAACGGAGGCGGCCACAAAACGAUCACCACCAUCAACGGGAACACUAUCAUCGAGUACCCGCUGAUCACCGCCGACGACAAGGAACUGAAGUCGCCUUCGUCCACAGUUUCCUGCGCCUCGUCCGCUUCGUCCACUUCUUCGCUGUACAAUUCCGCGCCGUCGCCGAAUCCAACCGGAUCGGCACAGAAUGGAAAUAUCAGUGGAGCCAGCACGCCGCAUCAGCACUUCCACAAAAAGUACCUGCGAGAGGAGCACGUGAAGCAGUUGAAACAGGUCAGCAGCUCCUACGAGACACCGAUCAAACAGCAGUCCAGAAAUUUCGCCAACAGUACAAUGAAGUACGAGGAAGGGGAAGUCAUCGACGAGCGUCAGUAUCCGUCGGCACCGAUGAAGAACGGGUACCCGUCGAUGGCCACCUCACCAAACGUCAGCAGUGACGAAUACAGCAGUACCUACGGUGGCGGUGGCAGCAACAUGAGACCUCCAUCGCCGCAGCACCACCAGCAGGGGCCAUCGAUGAACGGUGGAGUUCACGUGCUUCCACAGCACCCUCCAUCGUCACCGCAGCCUCAGCAACAGCAGCAAGCAAAACUAUCGCCUCCGAAGGCAAAGCAUCCGACCAAUGUGCCAUACGAUCCCCAAGUUCACGUCCACAGCAAACCGCCGUUCAGCUUUAGCUCGUUGAUCUUCAUGGCGAUCGAGAACGCCCAGCAAAAGGCCCUGCCGGUGAAGGAGAUCUACGCUUGGAUUGUGCAGCACUUUCCGUACUUUAAGACCGCUCCGGCCGGAUGGAAGAACAGCGUCCGGCAUAACUUGUCGCUGAACAAAUGCUUCCAGAAGGUGGAGAAGGCAGCGGUAAGUACAACUAGUGGGCAGUUGAUGUCUUCGCAACCAGGGCUUGAUGAGGGUACGCCUCUUCCGCAGAAUCUCGGCAAAGGUUCACUGUGGAUGGUCGAACCGCAGUACCGGCCCAAUCUGAUCCAGGCACUGUCGCGAUCGCCGUUCCAUUCCGGGUCCGGAAUCGAUAAGACCACCUACAAAGCAAUGCAACAGCAGGCCCAGCAGCAAGCGCAACAGCAUCAACGCUCAACUGACAGCCCCACUAGCAGUGUUGGCAGUAGUUAUUCCAAGGACAACUUUCCGUACCUUGCUAGUCGUUUGGCACCGGGUGACGCACAAAACGGUGUUCACCUGCAGCACCACCUACACGGGCAGCAACAUCCGUCCGAUCUGGAUGGGGACGAUUUCAGCCGGUCGUCCACUCCGAUCGACUACGACGGAGAUCUUCCCCACCAGCAGCAUGCUCAUCCUCACCAUCAACAGCAUCACCAUGCACCUGCCGGCGGUGGAGGAGCUUACCACGUGGCGUACCACCAUCCACCGCCACCGCCGUCGUCGGUGGGACCACCCGCCGCCGGACCAAAUGGUCUGUCGAAUGGGGGUUUUCCCGGCGGUGCUGUGAUCCUGCCGAACGGGACCACCGGGGAGAUCAUCGGACGGGACUGGAGCGCGGAUACGAUCGACGACGUGAACGCGGCGACCGCCAUGUUGGCUCUGAAGCAUGGACCAAAAAUUUUCACCGAGGGAUUCCAUAAUGGAACACCUCCGGUUAUCACGACCUCGCCGAGCGAGGACCACACGUACUCUGCAGGAGGCAGCAUUCCACCUCCCGGCCUGAGCGAACGCUCCAGUCAGAACAACAGCGACAACAACAGCAACGGAACUUCGUCCGAUGCGGCGUACGAAAGCAGUGAGGAAAGCCAUACCCAAAACCUGGUGAUCGACGACCAGGAGGAGCAACGGCGCCUGACCGGCGUGGACGCCCUGCUGAACCUGGCCGGCAUCACCAACUACUCGCCCAUGCCUGCGUCCUCGUUGAAAAGACCUGCCGAACCGUACGAGGACUCACCGGCCGGCCAACGGUCUCCGUACCAUCAGCAGCCGUCACAGCAACAGUUGGAAAGCACGCCACCCUCCGGAUACAGCGUGGUAGUUCAACCCCCGCCACAACCGUACCGCAGCUAUUACACGCCGGACGAUCUGAGUCAGUACUCGUCGCCAUCACCGCCGAAGAAGAGCAAAACCACCUCCUCGUCCUCGUCUUCGUCCUCUUCGGUGAAGAUGCUCAAAAAGUACAAGAAGAAGGCCUCCUGGGUACGGUAAUAUCGUGCCGAGCAGGGCAGCACCAAGGACUCCAAGUAGGCGUCGACUUUGUGGACGAGGACGACGAUGACAGCUGCCAACUGUCAGUCAAGCUAGCAGAUCUAGUUUAUCUAGUUUAAUUCUUUUUUGAUAGCUACAUUUGUGGAUAGUGUUUCGUUUAUUUUUUUCGUUCGUCGGAUAAGUCCUAAAAUCAAAGCUCUAGUUAAUUCUGCUUUAUUUAUAGUCAAUUUUUUUAAGUGUUUAUAAGCAAAACAGACUGUUCGGAAACAAGUAAGGAGAAGGUAAACAAAAACAAAAACUUUACAAAUGAUAAGUCAAAGUGGAAAAGUGCUACAUCCCCGCAGCGGGAGACGGGAAGAAGAAUAGUUUGUUUUAUUUAAGAGCAUCUAUCACACGUGAAACCCAAAUUGCAUUUGAAUGUUUAUUUUUUCUGUUGAAAAAGUUAUUAUUUAUUUAGAUGGGUCAGCAGCAGCAGCAGCAGCAGCAGCAACAGUACUAAAACAAAGAAAAGUCUACACAGUUAAGAAGACGAACAGUAGCGAAGAUCGGAGGGGGGGUCCUUAGCGAGACCCCCUGCAUCAGUUAGGUAAGAGUUGCAUACACAAGCGGUCGGAGUCGAACGAAGCAAGAAAAGGAAUGAACUUAGUCACUCGCGCCUUUGAUUUUUACCUAGAAUUUAGGAACAUACUUUUUCUAUAAACUAUAAAAUAGCAAGUGAGAGGUUAGGAUCAAGAGCAUUAAGAAUCAUUACAAUCACAAACACACACACACACACAUACACACUAACAAACAAACAAACCAGAAGCAGAAGCAAGCUGCGCGUAUGUUAACAAUUAAUGACAGGUGACAAGCGGUGGUAAACACACCUUCAAGCAGCAGGAAGCGGAAGCGCUUUAAACACCAAUCAAAAGUCGGCUUAGAGCAGUGCAGGUUUAAGGAACUGGGAUUAAGUGUUUUCUUUGUCUCAAAGCUUUGUUUUUGUUUUGCUUUUAGAACGGUGCCAAUGCCAGGGAUGUGUAAGGAAGGAGCGUAUGUUGGUAGGGAAAUUUUCUGUUUCCACUGCAGAAAGCUAGGCUAUUCUCGUUCGUUGAGUUGAUAGGCAUAAUUUUAGUGUAUAAGAGCUUCUUUGUGGAGUCGUAGUGUUAGCUCAGAUGAUUGAUGAUUUCAGAAUUGUGGUUAAGUUUGUACGAGGUAAACAUGUUGUUAAACAGUACUAAAGGUGAAUCGUCUGUGCUGUGCGGAACACAAACGGCGAUGACACCACCGCCGCCGCUUUCGGGUGGUUCUUAUUGGAAGGUUAUAAGCAUGAAAAUAUCAUUUAUUGAGUUGA